UAUUUUCAUUCGACAAAUGUUCGACAAAAUUAGCAAAAUUUCUAAUUCGCAUUGUAUUUUCUAAUUUAUUGUCCAUUGUGGUUGAUCCCCUGUAUACAGGGGUAUAUACUGCAGACAUUGGGCGUAUCGCAAGUAAACACGUCAAAGUGACCGUGUCUCAAAAAACUCCAACCACUCCGAGUCGAGAGCGGACGGUCACAACUCCACACAAAACUGCGGGGAACGGCAUCAUGUCUGUCAAUCAUGUUGAUGCAAAAGAACAACAAACAUGUCAAGGACAAAAUCAACCUGAGGAGAUGGACACGAGGGAGGAUGAGCCUCAGGUGACAGAGAAGUCGGGUGGUGGUGUGACUGAAGGUGCCGUACCUAUGAAUGGAGACAUUCAGCCCCCCAUAACCACCACCCAGGAUGACAUGGAAGAUGAUGAUAGCAGAGCAUCUGCCACUGUCACUUUCACAAUCGAGAACAUCAGCAAGCUGAAGGAAACUGUGCUAAGUCCCCCAUGUGUGAUUCGCAAUCUGCCGUGGAAAAUCAUGGCGAUGGUUCGAUACAACCAGCAUGCAGAGAGACACAACCAGAAAACACUUGGCUUUUUCCUUCAGUGCAACGCAGACUCUGAAUCAUCAUCUUGGUCAUGUAAUGCCUCUGCUGAACUAAAGAUUCUUAAGUACAAGCCGGAUGGAGAGUCAUUUGUUCGAAGAAUUCAGCAUUUGUUCUACAGCAAGGAAAAUGACUGGGGUUUUAGUCACUUUAUCCCCUGGAGCGAUCUCCUUGAUCCAGAGCGUGGCUACCAUGACCCUAAGAAUGACACGAUUACCCUGGAGGUUCAUUGCCUGGCUGAUGCACCCCAUGGAGUAAGCUGGGAUUCCAAGAAACAUACGGGCUACGUGGGUCUUAAAAAUCAAGGUGCUACGUGUUACAUGAACUCACUGCUACAGACUCUAUUCUUCACAAAUCAACUCAGAAAGGCUGUGUAUCUGAUGCCGACAGAAAGUGAUGAUUCUUCAAAAAGUGUUCCUUUGGCAUUGCAACGGGUAUUCUACGAGCUUCAGUUCAGCGACAAACCAGUAGGCACAAAGAAACUAACAAAGUCAUUUGGGUGGGAAACACUGGAUUCAUUUAUGCAACAUGAUGUUCAGGAACUAUGCAGAGUGCUCCUGGAUAACAUGGAAAGUAAAAUGAAAGGUACCUGUGUCGAGGGAACCAUUCCAAAGCUCUUUGAAGGCAAAAUGCUGUCCUACAUCAAAUGUAAGCAGGUGGAUUACAUGUCAUCUCGGCAGGAGCCUUUCUAUGAUAUCCAGUUGAAUGUGAAAGGGAAGAAAAACAUCUAUGAGUCUUUCAAGGAUUACAUCACACAAGAGACCCUCGAGGGUGACAAUAAGUAUGAUGCUGGGGAGCAUGGUCUGCAGGAUGCAGAGAAGGGAGUCAUAUUUUUGUCGUUACCACCAGUACUGCAUUUACAAUUGAUGAGGUUCCAAUACGAUCCCAUCACUGAUGCCAAUAUUAAAAUCAAUGACAGGUUUGAGUUUCCGGAGAGACUCGAGCUUGACCGGUUUCUCCAAACGGAAGAGCCCACACCUGCCACAUAUAUCCUGCAUGCUGUGCUGGUGCACAGUGGUGAUAAUCAUGGGGGGCAUUAUGUAGUCUACAUAAAUCCCAAAGGAGAGGGAAAGUGGUGUAAAUUCGAUGAUGAUGUAGUUUGCCGGUGUUCAAAGGAAGAGGCCAAAGACCAUAAUUUUGGUGGACAUGACGAUGACAUCACAAUCAAGCGGUAUACUAAUGCUUACAUGUUGGUGUACAUCAGAGAGAGUAGUUUUUCUGAAGUAUUACAAACAGUUGAUGAAUCAGACAUACCUGACUCACUAAUACAGCGGUUACAGGAGGAAAAACGGUUAGAAGCCCAGAAAAGGAAAGAAAGAAAUGAAGCCCACCUGUACAUGCAAGUGAAUGUUGCAACAGAGGACCAUUUCGAUGGCCACCAGGGCAAUGAUCUCUUCGACCACGAAAAAGCUGCCUACAGACAAUUUAAGAUUAAAAAAACCUCAUCGUUAGCUGAAUUUAUGGGAAUACUCUCAGAAAAUUUAAAAUAUCCAGUGCAACAAUUGCGGCCGUGGCCCUUCACCUACAGACAGAACCAGACAUACAGGCCUGGUAUCAUAGAUGUAGAAACUAGUUUAGACCGGUCGAUCCAGGAGAUUGCUGAUAAUGACAACCCCUGGACAAUAUUUGUACAGACGCUAGACCCGGAGAGUCUGAUCGACAAGUUGCCAGUAUUCGAUAAAGAAAGUCGGAAAAGAGGUGAUGUCUUACUGUUUUUCAAACGUUAUGACCCCAAGACGAAAAGCAUAUCAUAUUGUGGCCAUAUGUGCUUAUCCAUUACGACUCGAGUGUCGGAUUUGGUACCAGUAUUGUGUCAGCGUGGUGGCCUGCCCCUCGGAACGCGGUUACUCAUCUUUGAAGAAGUGAAGCCUAACCUAGUCGAACUCAUAGAGGAUCAUGACCAGCCACUGGAGAAAGCACUCGAUGAACUCAUGGACGGAGACAUCCUCUUGUUCCAGAAGUAUGACCCAGAAUAUGCCAACCUCGAACUGCCAACUGCAGCGGAAUAUUUCAAAGAUCUGUACUAUAGGAUAGAAGUAACUUUCUGUGAUAAAACACUCCCCAAUGACCCUGGCUUCAACUUGGAGCUAUCCCAACGGAUGUCGUAUGACCAAGUUGCCAACGCUGUAGCCCAGCAGCUGGGAACAGACCCAUAUUUAAUUCAGUUCUUUAAAUCCCAGGGCUAUCGAGAUGGCCCCGGAAACCCCAUUAGGUGUUCAUAUGAAGGUACCCUGAAGGACCUUCUGACGUUUUGCAAGCCUCGACAACCAAAGAAAAUCUAUUACCAGCAGCUGAGCAUUAGAAUCAACGAAUUAGAAAACAAACGACAGUUCAAGUGCACUUGGGUGAAUUUCAAGCUGAAGGAUGAGAAGGAACUUGUGCUAUUUCCAAACAAGAAUGGCUGUGUGGCUGACUUGUUGGAAGAGGCAAAGAAAGAUGUGGAACUCUCACAAAAUGGAUCUGGUCGGCUAAGAUUAUUAGAGAUCAUUAGCUACAAGAUCUUCUCAAUCCAAAGGGAUGAUGUGCUAUUAGAAUGCCUCAACUCGGCAGGGACCAAGACGUAUCGGGUGGAAGAGAUCCCCAAGGAUGAGAUGGACUUGGGAGAGGAUGAAAUUCUGGUGCCAGUUGCUCAUUUCCACAAAGAAAUAUUUGCAACAUUUGGGAUCCCAUUUUUAUUGAAAAUGAAACAUGGGGAGGCAUUUGCAAAGGUGAAAGAAAGAAUUCAGAAAAAGCUAGACGUGCCGGAAAAAGAAUUUGAGAAAUGGCGGUAUGCUCUGGCAAUUAUGGGGAAACAAAAUUACAUUGCCGACGAAGAAGACAUCACUGUGAAUAUUGGUGAUUUCAUGCCGCAGCCAAUGCAGGCUGGAGGCAUGCAGGCCCGUCCGUGGUUAGGUUUGGAUCAUGUGAACAAGACACCCAAGAGAUCUAGGUACAACUACAUAGAGAAGGCAAUCAAGAUCCAUAACUAGGCUUGGUUUUGAAAGGAGAGCCAUGACUAGGCUUGGUGUCGACUCAAGUUGAUUCAUAACUUGGCUCGGCUUCAAUUGUAGUUGAUCCAGAACAAGGCUUGGCUUAGUUUUGACUCAAGUUGAACUAGAACUUGGCCUGGCUUGCUUUGGAUUCAAGUUGAUCCAUGACUAGGCUUGGUUUCAACUCAAGUUGAUUCAUAAAUUGGCUUAGUUUCAACUCAAAUAGUUCUAUGACUUGGUUAAAUUUUGGCUCCAGUUGAUCCACAACUACUAGAAGCUUGACUCUGUUUCUAGUCAAUUUGAUCCAAACCUAGGUUCAGUUUGAACCCAAGUUGAAACGAGCUGAAGAUUCUGUAUUGUAAAUUGUAUAUGGCUGUACAGGACGUUUGAGGAAACGUCAUUGGUGCACUCGGAGGUAGAGUAGAUCCUGAUGGACUAGUCGUCAUGUACCCGAGUGUCAUUUACCUUGAUACAGUAUAAUGCCCCUAAAAAGUGUCACUUGAAAAGGUACUGGAUUGCUUUAGUUUUUGAGAAGUCUGUACUAGAAAAUUGUGUGACAACUUUUUGACUUUCCUGGGUUCGAUAAGUGUGUUAGUAUAAAGAAAUUGCACACAAGUUUCAAAAAGUCUGACUACUGAUCUGUAUCAACAAGACUUUGCUUUGCAAAGGGCCUUUUUAGGGGACAUUCUGAAUGGGGUUGGUAGUAAUUUUGGCAGAUAGCUCCUCUUAAGUGAUGGGCAGAUUGAAGGUAUUUGUUUGUGCGGGUAGAAAUUGUCAUUUCCUAUUUGGAGAGAGAGACCUCAUAGUUGAAGAACCUGAUUGGCAUUUGGCAUUGGUAUAAAUGUACAGAAAAUGGCAUGCAAUGUAGGACAAGUUGAAGGCAUUUGAUUGUGUGUGUUGACAUUUUCACUCCCUAUUGAGAGAGACCUCGAGUUGGUUAAAGCACCUGAUUGGCGUUUGGCAUUUGUAUGAAUGUAUCUAAAAUGGCAAAGAGUUUUUUGAUACUCACAAAGAAAGCACAAAAUGCUUUUUCAGUUUGAGAACUGAAGGUUACCACUAAGUUUUAUUCAGUUUUUCUCAGAUUGUUUUUCUUGAAGAUAUGGGUCAUACCAGCUUCACAAAUACUGGACCAUAUGUGAAAAUAGUUUUCUUCUUGGUAUGACGACUUGUAGACCUAAGUUUGCUAACUUUUGGUGUUAACGCCACAGAUGUUUAUUUCUACAGACAGUGGACAGCUUUGCUGUAAGCCUGUACAUUUUUGCAUUUGGUUAAUUUUGCGAUUCGUGAAAAUUUUAAUGCAGAGAGAAGUAAAAAUUAAGGAUGUUGACAGUAUUGGAUGAUUAUCAAGCUUGAUUGAUCAGGCAGGCUUCUCAUUUAUGUUUCAAAACGAAAAAACAUCUGGCCUUUUUCUAUUUGUACUAUCUAGAAAGGUUCCUGGUUAUACUGUGACUUAAUCCAUGGUUUUUCCUGAACAUACAUAAACACGCAAUGGGCAUGAGAUGUGAUAUCACGUAAUUAUAUAAGUGUCUACCGGUAAUGACUAGGCCUCGCUCAGAAAGUAUGGCCUAAUAUUUGAUAUUGCUUAAAUUCGAUGUUGUAUGACAGUCCACAAAAAUAUGCUGGAACCAGUUGCAAUGUAAAAACAUGCCUUGAAUAAAUAGCUGAUAAAAUGAAUCUUUUUUUAGUGAUAAUAGUGUUUAAAAAUUUGUCUUGACGGUAAUUGUUAAUUUGCCUAUUUCCAGUUUGAUGGCAGGUAUUGGUGAACUUGAUCUGUGUAGAGGAUCUCAUCGUAAUGUUGUGAUGUAACUAUCUUCCAUAAGAAAAUACUUUUUGCAGUGUUUGUCGAGACAACUGAUACUGCCAGUCAUGUAUCAAUUUCGAUGUUUAGUAAAUAUCGAAAUGUGAUUUUGACUGCUUUUAACCCCAAGCGAUUGUGGUUGCGUAAUCAAAACUACUGCCACCAACAUGAGACACAGAGCAUUUAACGCUGUAAGCAGUGGUCCAUUGCAACCAAGGUGUUUACGAUUUGAUGUCUUCUCAUGUUCAUCGUUCCCAAAUCGAGUACGCACGGAGAGAGAGAUAUUCACCUCAGCACAUUUCAUUUCACCUCUGCAGAGUGUCUACACUAAUUGUGCUAUAAGCUGGAAAUGGGCGAAUUUUAAAUUUUGUACAAUUGAAAUCAUAAUCACUUCAAUGGCUUGGGUUGAUUUCAGUAAGAUUCUGGAUAUUUUGUGUGUGUUUCUGUUAUUCAAAAGGUUAAAUUUUCAGUCAUUGUUGCAGCACUUAAUAUAAAUAUAUGUAUUCUACAACAGCUGAAUGUUUGCUCUUGUGUGCCCUCAACCUACUACAUGUAAAUGUACAGUGGAACCUCCCUAUAGCAGAAACCUCUGUGAUCAGGACACCUCUAAUAAGGUCUGCUAUCUUCAUUCAAUUUGACCUCUGCAAUCUGGUCACCUCUCUAUUGAGGAUGCCAUUUGUCAGCAUCAGUAAAUUAUAGAAGUGUGUUGCGAGCGAAAUUGAUAUCUUUUCUAGUGGAUUAUACCAACACAGAUGAAUGUUCAUGAACAAAUUUGUAAUUGUGUCUUUUAGACCAAUAAAUUAAGUUCAGUGUACAUAAUAACCUUGAUUUGACAAUAGUUUGAAGAGUUCUGUUGAUACAGGUUCUUUUGUCCUCGUCUUUGUCGCAUGCUGUAAAGUUUGAUUGGCUUCAAAGAGAUUUACCCUGGCACCACACUUGACACAUUAUGACAACUUCUGUCUUUGAAGGUGAACAUGAGUUAUUGUGGAGUUCCUGUGUCAGAGGCUGUGCUGGGAUACCUCAGCAAUUGUGCACAAACCUUCGUGUACUUUUCCAGAUGCUUUUCUUCAUUUCAAACGCAUUUCAGAUGGGGAGAUCUUUCCCAAGAAGCAGAGAGUACAAAUUUCAGUAAAUUGUAAAUGUGAAUCGUCAAACUUUGUCGUAACCUGGUUAAGUCUGUGCCCCACAGGGACAGAGUACCUCAUUGUAACUGCAGAGGAUGGCGAUGAUGAUGAAGCUUAUAAAUAACACCUGGUACAGAGUUUGUAGAUUGUGUCUAUGAGUAUGUAAAAAUCUGUGCAAUAAACCUUCGAGCUCAGGACAGAGAAACUAGGGCAUUGGAAGAAAUGGUGCCAUCAAAUAUAUAGUGAUGCCUGCCAUACACCAUCGGAUUUUCAAUUCCAAUAUUCUGAACAUGCUGAUUCUUGUCUUGUGAGUUCAUAGAUGUGUUCUAGCCCAAGGCCCUGAAUCGGCAUUUUCAGAAAAUGUGACAAAAAAUCUGUUUGUGCAACAUGCAUUGGGUGUUUAGGUAGAGUAAAUAACAUCCGUGUGUACAUUACAUGUAAUUGCGUGGUCUACCAUCUUGACACUUUGAGAUGGGGAAGAUUGUUGUAGUUAGCCGAAAUUGAAAUGCUGGUCGUCAUAACUGCAAUGAUUUCGAAUAAAAUGUUCUCCCAAGAUUGUUGUAGUCACAUAGGAACAGCAGUUAAGCUUUCAUUGCAAAAUGUUCUAAGAUGGCCUGUAAAAAUGUGCCUAAAGCAUUAUUAGUUAUUUAUUGUUACUAGAAAUAUCUAGUAACAUUAGGGGAAGAUGAUGUUGUGAGGUAGCUUGCCUGGUUGUGAGAGAGUGAGUUUAAAAUACUGACUGAUCCCGUCAUUUGAUAAAGGUCUCAGGUCGAACUGUAGACUCAACCGACCCCCAGUCAUUUGAUAAAAGUCUCAGGUGGAACUGUAGAUUCAACUGAUCCCAGUCAUUUGAUAAAAGUCUCAAGGUCCAACUGUUGAGGUCAAAUUUGUUCAGAGGACAAAGUGUAAAUGUUGAUUGUGAGUUUAUGAACAAGUUGAGGAGUUAGUUGAAGCAGUGAUCACAAAUCUAUCGUAGGUCUGUUGGGGCCGAUAUGUCUUUAUUCAUGUUGAGGAAUCUGCUUCACAUUUUCUGGACUGCAUUAUAUGAAGGGGGAAGUCAAUUAGAAAAACCAAACACUUCCUAAGGGGCGAUUUGAACUGUAGGGUGUAUUCUCAGAUUUGCCUACCUAAAUUUCAGAUCUCAGGCUGUUGACUCAUCUUGGGAUGGCAUUGAUGUUUGGCCCAAUCUGCUUCAGUGUUUUGGUGAACAUUCACUUGGGCUGUUUUCGUCAUGAUUUCACCUUGUUGCUACUUUUCCACAGGCAUUGGACGUUUGCGAAUAAGUUUAUCUGUAUCAUUGUUAGUAUAAAUAUGUACAAAGCCUGUGGAUUUGUGCUACAAAGCAAAAAUUGCAGGAAAUACAACCCAAGUUCACAAGUUCGUAUCAUCACUCAACGGUUGAUGACUUUGAAAGUUUUUGUGAUCAAGGCCAAUGGAUCCUGUCUGUAAAAAACGAUGAUCAUUAGUAUUUCGGGAUAUGUUGUGGUUUUGGCUCCAAAAAGGUACAGGGGAGGGUUGUUGGUAAAAAAGAUUUCAGUGAAGGGUAGAAGUGUUGUAUAUUGACAGAUCCUGUGACUACACACAGGCCAAUGUGGUGGUAAGGUAAGGAGGUACAAUUAUAGUCCUGGUACAGUUAUAGCCUCUGUGUGCAUUAACGUGUACUGCAAACUGUUCUAUACAUUUUAGGGGCAAUAAUUGUACCAGGGCUACCGCAUGUAAAGGUCAAUCUAGUGUUUUUUCCGAACCAAUCAGAUAAUGAUAAUUUGUGUCCCCGCAGCAUUUGCCUGUUUGUACAAAGUUGUAAUUUCUUCCCUGUGAGAGAUAGUUGUGCUGGUUCCAUGUGAUGGGAAUCAAAUUUAAGCUGUCGGUUAUGUUCUUGAAUAUACAGUGUAAGUCAUAAUCUUCUCUUCUAUGUAUAUUUAGCCGUCAAGCUUAUGAAUAAAAAAUGAUUCAUUUUAAUGCA